GCAGCAGAACUUGAGAAGCAAACAAAGCAGCGGAAGCGAAAGCAGAGAUUCGUCAGGCUGCUGCUAGAGGCAUCGGCGGCGGCGAGCGAACUCGACUCCCCGCGGGAUCGGCCUCCAUCCAGUCCGGCGGGAAGCAGAGGGCAAUGGCGGCGCGCGACGAGGAGGCGGAGGCGUGGUCGGAGGAGGCGGCGCGGUGGUUGUGGGAAGGCGCGGUGCCGCUGCAGGUCCACCUCCACGACGCCGACGUCACCGCGCUCCCCCCGCCCCCACCCUUACUGAUUUUGGGGCCAAGACUUGGGUAUUUACCACUGUUGGUAUCUAGGAUAAGGGCUCAUUUCAGCAGCACACUCCCACCAGGCAUAGAUACUGUCUGGUUUGAAUAUAAAGGGCUGCCUCUGAAAUGGUAUAUACCCAUUGGAGUUCUUUUCGACCUUCUCUGUGCAGAUCCCGAAAGGCCAUGGAAUCUAACAGUUCAUUUUAGGGGGUAUCCUGGAGAAGUUUUGUCACCAUGCGAAGGUGAAGAUAGUGUAAAGUGGAGCUACAAUAAUUCCCUGAAAGAGGCUGCCUUCAUCAUAACUGGGAAUAGUAAGAAUGUGAUGAAUAUGUCCCAGGCUGAUCAAGUUGCUAUGUGGGAAUCUGUAAUGAAAGGUGACUUGGAUGGUUAUAUGAAUGUCUCCACCAGGCUUAAGCUUGGACCAUUUGAAGAGGAUUGUGUAGUGCGAACUUCCUCAGCAGAGCGUCAACAAGGUUCUGAUGAGCCUGAAUCUCCUGGAUCUAGCAAACCAUGCAGGGUCCCUGUUCGAUUAUAUGUCCGCAGUGUUCAAGAAGACCUUGAGUAUUUAGAAGAUGCGAUUCCUGUUAGUGACUGGGAAGGUGUAUCCUAUAUAAAUCGGCCGUUCGAGAUUCGGAAACGGGAAGGUAGAAUCUACAUCACGCUGCAAGAUGCCUUGGAAACAUUGCUACCAGAGUUCUUCAGCUCGAAGCCCGCAGUUGCAACUGCUGAAUCUGAACCUGCAGAGACAUCCGACUCGGCACCUGACGAUUCAGAUACCAGUCGACCAGCUCUGUCGAGCCAGCGAGAGUCCAGCGCGACCAAGAACGCCAAAGUGAAGCUGGUGAGGGUGCAAGGCAUCGAACCCAAAAUGAGCAUACCGUUCCUUUGGGUGGCCAACAACCUGAAGAACCCUGAACACUACCUCCAUGUCUGUGUAUAUGUCGCCAGCCCAAGAAUUUAACGAUCAGGAUAGCAAUAGAUGAAAGGUUAGAGAUUACCAUAGGAGUGCGCCGUCCCAGACCAGGAAAUGGGCUUCUGGUCUUGUGUUCUUUGGUUAGUUUCAUCGACAUUAAUCCUUUUGUACAUAUGGUAAAAUCAGUGACCGUUUUCAGUGUGUUUGAUGAUGAUCAGUCGAUUUAAGACGUGUGCCAAUGCAGUUUCAGCAUUUUGGUUGAUGAAUGGAAAGUGCAAUCGCCA